UGUCCAUAGACUCUGAGCUUAGCAGUUGUAGUUGCCAUGAUCGGCCUUACCAUGUCUUACCCGACCCACGGAGGAGGUGGAGCAGACUUUGGGUUCGGUCAUGGAGGUCAUGGAGACGAGGGCGGUCAUGCCGACCACGGGCAUCAUGGAGGACACCACGGUCACGACAUCGACUAUCACGCACCUGCCCACUACAAAUUCGAAUACGACGUCCAUGACCCCCACACCGGAGACGUCAAGAGCCAGCACGAGACCAGAGACGGCGACAAAGUCAAGGGCUACUACACCCUGAAGGAAGCCGAUGGUACCCUGAGGGAGGUCCACUACGAAGCCGACAAACACAACGGGUUCAACGCCGUCGUGAAGAAGUCCGGACAUGGACACCACCCAGCCCACUACAAGACCGGCGAUGAGCACUAGGGU